AUGUUGGUGAUUUUCCUUAACUGCGUGACCCUCGGCAUGUACCAGCCCUGCGUCGAUGACCAGUGUGUAACAAAUAGAUGUAAAAUACUACAGGUUUUUGAUGACAUAAUAUUUGCCUUUUUCGCAUUGGAGUUGACUAUAAAAAUGGUUGCAAUGGGUGUGUAUGGCCACGGCACUUAUCUCGCGGAUUCAUGGAAUAGACUGGACUUUUUCAUUGUUUUUGCUGGGGCACUAGAAUAUGCGCUGAACGUGGAAAAUAUAAAUCUAUCGGCGAUAAGAACUAUCAGGGUACUUCGGCCGCUUCGGGCUAUAAACAGGAUACCAAGUAUGCGUAUCCUGGUGAUGCUCCUCUUGGACACACUGCCUAUGUUGGGCAACGUCCUACUCCUCUGUUUUUUCGUGUUCUUCAUAUUUGGUAUAGUCGGUGUCCAGUUGUGGGAGGGUAUCCUCAGGCAAAGAUGUGAACUUGUUUUACCAACAAACGUGCUUCGGCCCAACAUUUCCUUCUACUACGAGUUCUCGAAGGAACUAGAUUACAUCUGCACAACGCCGGCAGACAGCGGGAUGCAUCAAUGUGGAAACUUCCCCCCAUACCGAUACGGGCCUGUUGUGUGUAACGAGACGGCAAGACCAUUCUCUUACAACACUCCCACAAAUAAUUCAUGCGUGAACUGGAAUCAAUAUUACACAAACUGUACCCAACGAGGAUCGAAUCCAUUCCAAGGCACAAUUUCCUUCGACAACAUCGGUCUCGCCUGGGUCGCAAUAUUUUUGGUAAUAUCUCUGGAAGGUUGGACGGAUAUCAUGUAUUAUGUACAGGACGCACAUAGCUUUUGGGAUUGGAUUUAUUUUGUAUUGCUGAUAGUUAUUGGAUCAUUUUUCAUGAUCAAUCUUUGCCUUGUCGUAAUCGCGACACAGUUCAGUGAGACGAAGAAACGUGAAAUGGAAAGAAUGCGUGUUGAACGAGCUCGCUUCACGUCGACAUCUACUUUGGCGUCGUCUACAAAUAACAGCGAACCAGCCACCUGUUAUGCAGAAAUUGUUAAAUACGUAGCCCAUUUGUGGAGAAGAUUUAAACGGAGAAUGGCGAAGAAGAUAAGAGUAUACCGAUAUCAACGAGCACAACUCCGUUGGCGCACAAGCCGAGAAACUUUGCAGUUGCCAGCUAAUCGACCGAAACAACACCACCCGCGCUGUCCCAAACUACAUCCACAGGGUAAUGGAAAAAAUACGGAGGACGUAGAAGAGCCACUAAGUAGACCCAGCCUGUUGCGCGUUCCCUCGCUCUCCGCAGCCGAUCUUGAGAAUGCAUCCAAUCUCUCGCUACUAUCUCCGCCUUCGCUCGCCCGACGUCGGUCUUCAGUGAUGUUUAGCGACACUGUACUACUUCAUGCUCCGAACGCACCCCAUUUGGCUCACCCCAAUAAUCUGUGCUCCUCGGAGAAAAUGACACAGACCGAAUUCGACCUGCCGGCAGAGUCGGCCGAAGAGAGAGCAGCCGCCGGUGGAACUAUGUCUUGUCAGGAGCUCCUGGCUCUAUCUGGAGCUCUAUCCGCUGCGCUACCUACGGGACAGGUGGCUUUGGACUCCUUCUUUGAAGAACUCACCAAGGGCAUCAGUAAACGAGCUGGUGACGAGAAGUCAGACACCAGGAUUGUGGAAAUUGAAGACUUUUCUUGUUGCGCUGACCUAAUAGCAGCAGACGCCGCAGCCAAAGAAACAAAAAAGAAUCGAUUUACAAAAGCUUGCUCCCGUCUCUGGAAAAGAUUCAAUAAAUUCCUAUCGCUGCUAAGGAAACACAUUAAAGCGAUUGUCAACCACAAAUACUUUCAGCAGGGUAUCCUCCUAGCCAUUCUCAUAAACACUUUGUCGAUGGGAAUAGAGUAUCACAAUCAACCAGAAGAACUGACAGUCAUCGUGGAAAUCAGUAACGUUGUGUUUUCAGCAAUAUUUGCUGUUGAAAUGAUUCUUAAAAUAAUUUCAGAAGGUCCUUUCAAAUACAUUUCUAAUGGGUUCAAUGUGUUUGACGGUGUCAUAGUAAUAUUGAGCGCAUUUGAGCUUACACAAAGUGUGGGACAUGAGCAAGACUUAGCAGGAAGUUCAGGGCUAUCAGUGUUGCGUACAUUUCGAUUACUUAGAAUAUUGAAACUAGUCCGUUUUAUGCCAAAUCUAAGAAGACAACUCUUCGUCAUGCUGAGAACAAUGGAUAAUGUCGCUGUAUUUUUCUCGUUACUAGUUCUGUUUAUCUUCAUAUUCAGUAUUCUGGGCAUGUACUUGUUCGGUGGUAAGUUUUGCAAGUUCAACGAAGACAAUGGCACCGAGAGGGAUUGUACUUGCCCUGAGAUCAUAUCGAAUCAUCCCAAAUGUGAAUGUGACAGAAAACAUUUUAAUAACAUCUUAUGGGCUACGGUCACUGUCUUUCAGGUGUUGACACAAGAAGAUUGGAACGUUGUUUUAUUUAAUGGAAUGGAAAAAACAAGCCACUGGGCCGCGUUGUACUUUGUCGCAUUGAUGACAUUCGGCAAUUAUGUAUUGUUUAACUUACUUGUGGCUAUUUUGGUAGAAGGGUUUAGUUCAGAGCGAAAUGAAAGACGGGAGCGGGAACAACGGGAAUUGGCAAAAUCGAAAUUAUCAAGCGAAUGUUUUUCCGACAACCACGAAUUACAAUACAAUGAAUCAAAUUCCGGAUCGAACUCGAGUGACAGUUUUUCUCAGAAUGAAAUUAAAAACUUCUGGAAAUCUGCGGAUGAUAUUCGAAAAGCCAAAGACGACCCGAAUAGUAAAGAAAAAGCAAUCAAAUCAAAAAAAAGAAAACCAAAACCCGCAACACAUAAUUCGACGUUAUGUAAAGAUUGUGCCCACUCCAACAAAUGCAAUAUACAAAAGGAAUCUAAAUUGCUAGCGUCGAGUUCAAUUAACGAACACAGCAACAGUACAGUUGUUCCUAUGAUCACUCACACAGCCGCGACACCUCAAGACUCACCGUCCACUACUCUAGAGCCUGGAGCAUCAUUCAAAGAUUUCAAAGUAGCUCUUAGCUUGGAGAGAUCAUCAAUGUUAUCCAGUUUGGAUUCAAUCGACCGAACUUCCUGUACCAGUAUACCAGGUUUGCUAAAGCCUCCAAAUAGUUAUACCCUAACCCUACAUUCCGCGGCAGCCGCUUUAGGGGCCGAAAAGGCCAGACUCCCUGUCUCUUUAGCCCCUCCACCUCUAACCCUAGCACUACCGCCAUCCAGAGCCACUUCACCUGGUACUCCAACAACACCAAAGUCUCUCCCUUCGCCGAUGAUACCGGAGAAGAACCUCCAAGUUACAAUAGCUAAAGAGGGUAACUGUCUCAAUGUUAGCGAAAAAUCCAGCUUGCUGAAUUCACAAAGAAGUCUCAUCAUUACAACACCAACCCCAAAUGGAGAAGAUAAAUGCAGGGUACAGCGUGGAUACAGUUGGAGGUUGUCCAGGCCAAGCUUAAGAAAGAAGAAACAGAGAACAGGCUCAGACUCUGACGCUGUUAUACUGAAUAAUGGACGAGAUCACAUUGCUUGCAAUGGUUCAAGUCUACGAAGAAAUGACAUUCUGCUUUCAUCGUCUAUUGUCAUAAAGAAUGAUACGCAGUCUGAGAUGCCUUAUAGAUCUCGCGGCCAGCUCCCAGUGCGAGUUUUGGCUCCACCAGCGAGAAGAGUUUCCGCCCAUGCAACACCUAUACUACCUGAUGUAUCGUGGAAAGCUCCAGAGGCGGGUUUUUCGUCGGAUUCAACUGUUCGAUUAGAUGCCAAAGCACCUCCCCACAGACUGUCUUUAACUAAUGACCUUUUGACAGUAACAACAGUGUCGGAGGUGAAAGCGAGUAAUUUAAUACCAAGCGGUCAACAGCAAUUACCGCCCCGAGCCCUUAACGAAGCAUUGCCCAAAGCAAAUAACCAACCUUUACCAUUAAUUAAACAAAUUAAUGAAGAGGUGGCGAUAAAUAAUGUCUGUAUAUUCUCAUCGAGAUUCGACCGGAGCAGAUUUAGAUUUAAGGAUCUUUUUCGCUUUAUGGAGCCGACAGGGUGUCUUAAAGAAAAAGAGGAUUAUUCUCUUUACAUAUUUUCUCCGGGUAAUUGGAUAAGAAGAUUUUGCACAUGGAUGGUAACCCGAAGUUGGUUUGACAAUAUAGUGCUACUAUUCAUUGCCCUUAAUUGCAUCACACUUGCCAUGGAGCGACCGAAUAUACCACCAGACUCUAAGGAGAGAGCUUUUUUAUCGAGUGCUAAUUAUGUAUUCACAGUGGUCUUUGCCGUUGAAAUGUUUAUAAAGGUUGUGGCAUCUGGAAUGUUUUACGGCUCUGAGGCAUACUUCACCUCGGGGUGGAAUAUUAUGGAUGGCUCGUUAGUGAUCAUAUCUAUUAUCGAUUUACUAAUGUCUCUAGUAUCAGAAUCGAGCCCGAGGAUAUUCGGAAUAUUACGAGUGUUCAGGUUGUUAAGAUCCUUACGACCUUUGAGAGUGAUCAAUAGAGCUCCCGGAUUAAAACUGGUUGUUCAAACGUUAUUAUCAUCAUUACGACCUAUCGGAAAUAUCGUGUUAAUAUGUUGCACAUUCUUCAUAAUAUUUGGCAUUCUGGGAGUUCAGCUGUUCAAAGGGGCGUUCUUCUAUUGUGAAGGCGCCAACAUCAAGACUGUGAAGAACAAAUCCGAUUGUCUGGCAAUAGAGGGGAACGUGUGGGUGAACAGGAAAUACAAUUUCGAUGAUCUCGGGAAGGCUUUGAUGUCGUUGUUCGUUCUCAGCUCGAGGGAUGGUUGGGUCAAUAUCAUGUAUACAGGACUCGAUGCGGUCGGCGUUGAUCAACAGCCAAUAGUGAACUACUCGGAAUGGCGUCUUCUCUACUUCAUUGCUUUUAUCCUACUAGUGGGAUUCUUUGUUCUGAACAUGUUUGUGGGAGUUGUGGUUGAGAACUUCCAUCGAUGUCGAGAAGAACAAGAGAAAGAGGAAAGAGUGAGAAGAGCAGCAAAAAGAGCGUUACAGAUGGAGAAAAAGAGACGAAAGAUGCAUCAAAGGCCGUACUAUUCCGACUAUUCACAAACACGCCUGUUUGUGCACAACGUUGUUACUUCGAAAUACUUUGAUUUAGCCAUUGCCGGUGUCAUUGGUCUGAACGUUGUCACUAUGGCAAUAGAAUAUUACAGAAUGCCACCCGCACUGCAGUACGCUUUGAAAAUUUUCAACUAUUUCUUCACUGCCGUAUUCAUUCUCGAGGCGGUGAUGAAACUCGUUGCACUCGGCUUCAAGAUUUACCUGAAAGACAAGUGGAACCAACUGGAUGUAAUCAUCGUUAUACUAUCCAUCGUUGGUAUUGUUUUAGAAGAGCUAGAGACUAAUAUAAUACCCAUUAAUCCAACUAUAAUGAGAGUUAUGCGCGUUCUUCGGAUUGCAAGGGUAUUGAAGCUAUUGAAGAUGGCAAAGGGGAUACGGGCAUUGCUGGACACAGUGAUGCAAGCUCUUCCACAAGUUGGGAAUUUGGGAUUAUUAUUUUUUCUACUCUUUUUCAUUUUUGCGGCUUUAGGCGUGGAACUGUUUGGUCGUUUAGAAUGCUCAGAUGAAAUUCCCUGCCAAGGUCUCGGUGAACAUGCCCACUUUGCUAAUUUCGGAAUGGCAUUUCUAACGUUAUUCCGGUACUGUAGACUGUGUGCGUAA